AUGAGCGACGACUGGCGGUCCAAAUCGCUCUAUCUCACAGCAGGAGCGCUAAUUGGAGCGGGAGCAGCUUACGUAGCUUACAGCUAUAUCGGCGUCAGGAGGGCCGCCGCCGCGCAAGCAGCCUCCAAUAUCCCAGCGAAGUGCAACGUGCCGGGUGGAGCUUCACUUGAAAAGUUUCUACAAGAUGAGGUUCUAACCGAGCAGCUUACACGAAACGUCCAGUUUUUUGGUGAAGAAGGCCAACUCGAAAUUGCAAAAUCGUUCGUCAUUAUUGUGGGCCUUGGAGGUGUUGGCAGCCAUGCGGCCCAUCUGCUGCUGCGCUCCGGGGUGGGUCGCAUGCGGCUGAUUGACUUUGACCAGGUGACCCUCUCCUCCCUGAACCGCCACGCGGUGGCCACCCGCGAGGACGUGGGAACCCCUAAGGCCACGUGUCUGGAGAAGCACUUCCGGAGGAUUCUGCCCGAGUCGCACAUUGAGGCAGUCGUUCAGAUGUACACGGCAGAGGCGGAGGACGAGCUGCUGGGGGGCCAACCGGACUUCGUGAUUGACGCCAUUGACAACAUCGACACCAAGGUAGCGCUGGUCGCUGCCUGCCAGCGACGGGGCCUGCGGGUCCUCAGUGUGGCGGGGGCGGGCGCCAAGGCGGACCCCACCCGCCUCAAGUUCGUGGACAUCUCGGAGUCCUCCGUGGACCCCUUGGCGAGAGCACUCAGGACGCGUCUCCGCAAGCAGCACGGGGUGUUUGGCGGCAUCCCGGUGUUGCUGAGCACCGAGAAGCCCCGCUGCAAGCUGGUCAGUCUGGCGGACAUGGAGACCGGCAACCCCCUGGACUACCAGAUCGUACCCAACUUCCGAGUCCGCACCAUCCCCGUGCUGGGCACCACUCCUGCCAUAUUCGGCAUGGCGGCAGCGGGCUACGUGCUGUGCAGCCUGGCGGGACCCAGCCAUGCCAUAGAGGGGGAGCCCAUCAUCAAGCUUACUGCCGUACAGUACGAGCGAGCCUUGGAGCGGUUGCGAGACAGGGAGCGAGCAAGGUUCGGCAGCGACGAGGGCGUUGCAGUGGACCUGGACGACAUUGUGUUUCUGCUGCGGGAGGCUUGGAGGGGGUUCAGUGCGCGGGAGCCGCAGCGGGUAGUGGCGCCCGGGGGCGAUAAGGGCCUUAUGCGAAGCACGGCCCACCUCACCUUCACAAGGUGGGAUCCAAACAAGCCCUGUACCGCGGACAACCUGGUGCUUCUGGCGGGGCCUGAGGCGGACUCUCACGAUGCGCUACCGUCAUUAGACGUGCUGCGGUCCUCGGAGCCGGAGCUAGUGGCGAGGGUAGAAGCAAUCCUUGACCGGGUGAAGAGGGAGCUAUUCUUCUAAGAGCGCAGGUGCUCCCCGCGUGACUUCCGAUGGCAUAGCUGGCCAGGACUGCAACUGUGAUUGCUACUGCACGCAAGGUGCACACCUGUGGCUGUGUUGCCCGGGGGUGGCCGUGUGCACCGCGGGCAGGCUUCUUGCGGGCGGGCUUCCCCGCUUAGGAGUUUUGGAAACGGCAGACCCAGACAGGGCGGAAAUGCAUAUGCCCGACAAACACAUACGUGGGUGAACGGCAUCGCAGGACAUUCGUGUAAGACGUACGGAG